CCUGUGGGGGCGGGACGAGGCCCGGUCUGGGCGGGCCUCGCUUGCCGGCUUUUGCCGGCCUGGCCGCUGCUUGUAGGAGCUGUGUGGCUGCGGAAGCAGUUACCUUACUCUGGUUUUCCUGCCUCCCUCUUCAUCAGUGAGACUCAAGGCUGGACCAGGGCCCCCAGGGAAAAGUCCUGCUAUCAAGGAAGAAAACAUAGGACCAGGACCUUUCCAUGGACCCUUCUCAGGACAUUCCAACAGCACAAGCAAGGGUGUUCCCCUAAGAUACAAGGGGCCUGAAAACACUAUCCUCUGUGAAGUGCCAUGGUGGUCAGGAAAAGCAGAGGUAGUUGCCAGCAGUUGCCUAGCCUGGGAGGACAGGGUGGUUGUACAUGUUUUGUAGGCAUGCUGGGAACUGCCCUCCUGUUCAUCAGCCUGCCAUGGGGGGCCCAAGUGAUGGCCAGUGCCAACAUCAGCACUGCUCUGGGCCACACAAGUGGUCACUAUUUGAGUAUUGGGGAUGGGUCAGUGACAGAGUUUGAUUUCCCUGAGAAGAGUGAGGGUAUCAUUGUGAUCUCUAGCCAAUACACUGGACAGGCCAAUGGGACAGGCCCCAGCCCCACACUUAAGGUUAUAUCCCUGGACACAGAGGUGCUGACCAUUAAGAAUGUGAGUGCCAUAACCUGGGGCAGUGGAGGUGGCUUCGUGGCGAGCAUCCACUCAGGUCUGGCUGGGCUGGCCCCACUCCACCUCCAGCUCAUGGAUUUCCAUGAGGCCCCACCCCUGCUGAUUGAAGAACGGAGAGAUUUCUGCAUCAGGGUGUCAUCUGCUGAAGACCUCCCUUCUGCUCUCAAUGCCAACUUGGGCCACUUCUCAGAGAAUCCAGUACUCUACUUGCUUCUGCCUCUUAUCUUUGUCAACAAGUGUUCAUUUGGGUGUAAAGUGGAACUUGAAGUUUUGAAGGAGAUCCUACAGAGCCCCCAACCCAUGCUAUUGGGCCUCUUGGGCCAGUUUCUGGUCAUGCCUUUCUAUGCUUUCCUGAUGGCCAAAGUCUUCAUGCUACCCAAGGCCUUAGCUCUGGGCCUCAUCAUUACUUGUUCAUCACCUGGUGGUGGAGGGAGCUACCUCUUCAGUCUCCUCCUUGGAGGAGAUGUCACCCUGGCCAUCUCCAUGACUUUCAUCUCAACAGUAGCUGCCACUGGUUUCCUGCCACUCUCAUCAGCCAUCUACAGCUACCUUCUCAGCAUCCAUGAAACACUCCACGUGCCCAUCUCCAAGAUACUGGGGACUCUGCUGUUUAUUGCCAUCCCCAUAGCAGCAGGUGUGGUGAUCAAGUCUAAGCUCCCCAAGUUCUCUGAGCUACUGCUACAGGUCAUCAAGCCCUUCAGCUUUGUGCUUCUCCUGGGUGGCCUGUUCCUGGCCUAUCACAUGGGGGUCUUCAUCCUAGUGGGAGUCAGGUUACCCAUUGUACUGGUGGGUUUCACAGUGCCUCUUGUUGGCCUCUUGGUGGGCUACAGCCUGGCCAUCUGCCUGAAGCUGCCAGUGGCCCAGCGGCGAACAGUCAGCAUUGAGGUAGGGGUGCAAAACAGCCUGCUAGCGUUAGCCAUGCUACAACUGUCUCUGCGCCGCCUUCAAGCAGACUAUGCUUCUCAGGCCCCUUUCAUUGUGGCACUGAGUGGCACCUCUGAGAUGCUGGCUUUGGUUAUUGGCCAGUUCAUCUAUAGCAGCUUUUUUCCUGUUCCCUGAGCCAUCUUGAUCAAGUUUUAUAACCCGCAGCCUCCAUACUCCUCUUCCCACAGUUCUUGUGUACCAAAGGCCUUUAGUUCUCAUGCACUAUGCACUCAGACAAAUCCAAGCUUAUUUUUUUACUCUUCCCCCCCCCCCCCCCCCAGCUUUCAAUGCCAAAGAGGCCAUGCUGAGUUAGAUAGUUGGGUAUUGCCCAGAAAUAUAUUUCAAUAAAAAAAAAAAACAAAAGCAA